UUUCCCCCUCCCCCUUCUCUCUCUUUCUGGAAACUUAGAUUGUUGGAUAUUCGGUGCCCUAAUUUCUAGGGUUUGACGUCGAAUUCAUCGCCGCAGGCGCGGGAAUACGCUUAAAGUUGUGCGAGUUCGCUCAGAUUCGGCGUUGAAAUCUGGUUCUCUCCGGACUCUAGGGCUUUGAUUGACCGGCUACAAUGGCGCAUAUCGGAAAAUCGACCAGACAGGACUCGGAACCGCCUUCGAGCAAUCUGUGGGUAGGAAACCUGGCAACUGAUGUAACUGAUGCUGAUUUGAUGAAUCUCUUCUCAAAGUAUGGGCCGAUUGAUAGUGUCACGUCGUACGCAUCCAGAAGCUACGCCUUUGUGCACUUCAAGCGAGUUGAGGACGCGAAGGCGGCUUGCGAGGCCCUCCGGGGAACGCCCUUCCGUGGGAAUUCGUUGAAGAUCGAGUUUGCUAAACCGGCUAAACCAUGCAAAAGUUUGUGGGUGAGUGGAAUCAGCCCAUCAAUUACAAAGGAAAUACUGGAAGCAGAACUUUUGAAAUUUGGCAAAAUUGAGGAGUUCAAGUUCCUCAGGGACCGUAACACUGCAUAUGUUGACUAUUUUCGAUUGGAAGAUGCUUCUCAAGCGUUGAAGAGUAUGAAUGGGAAGCGGAUGGGUGGUAGUCAAAUACGUGUUGAUUUCCUCAGGUCACACACUUCAAGGAAAGAACACAUGCCUGACCACGGUGAUGCAAGAGGACAGUUUCUCAGAGCAAGCAUGGGUCCUGAUUCACCAUGGAUGCCACAAGAGACAGUUAGAAACCUUUUUGAUCCUAUGCAUUCUGGAUCAAAAAGACUACUGCAUUCCCAAUCUUCUGGACCGCGAAAACUGGAUGAACAGCUAAGCAAUGUAUUGCGAGUUGGUUACCCUCCUACAGUUCACAUUGAUGAGCAGCUGUUGCAUAAUGCAAUGAUAUUAUUUGGUGAGAUAGAGGGGAUCAAAAGUUUUACUUCAAAGCAUUUUUCAUUAGUUGAAUUUAGAAGUGUUGAUGAGGCAAGGCGUGCCAAAGAAGGAUUGCAAGGUCGGCUCUUCAAUGAUCCGAGGAUUUCAAUAAUGUAUUACAGUGAUCUUGCAACUGGCAAAGAUCACCCUGGAAUCUAUCCAGGGGUUAAAGGACCAAGGCCUGAUGUGUUUUUUAAUGAACCUGCGUUUCCACCUCGACAGGUGGAAUUUUUUAAUCAUAGUGGCCCAAUGAUGCCAAAUAAUCUUUCUGGUGCUCUGCCAUCUGGUGGUAGUCUUGAGCCUAAUAUGCUAACAAGGCCUUUUGGUCUUCAAGAUGGCUAUGAACCUCUGCUCUUGGGCUCAGAAUUCAAUGAUUUGAAUGCACUUCACAAAUUUCCUGAUGCUAGUGCCAACAAUCUGGUGGCUGGUCCAAAUUGGAGAAGAUCAUCUCCUGCACCUUUGAUUCUCCCAUCUCCUUCACAGGGUGCAAAGCGACCAAUCAGACCUAUGUCUGGUGCAUGGGAUAUAUUUGAUGCAAGUCAACUUGAGAGGGAAUCUAAACGGUCAAAGAUUGAGACUGUUUUGCCUGCUUAUGGGUCUCCUUUUUCUUCAAAGCAAAUGGAAGAUCGUGGAUUGAGUAAUUUGGACCGGUUAUAUGGGCUUGGUGCAGAAGUUGAUGGAGGCAUUUCAGGGACACUGGCCAAUGCUCAAGAGAAAAGUCGCUUCAGUCCAGCAGACUUCAGGAUGACUACUGGUGGAGCUGGUCAGGGCCACCUGGAUCGUGGUCACAUAUGGCGUGGUGUUAUUGCAAAGGGUGGAACACCGGUUUGUCGUGCUCGUUGUGUCUCUAUUGGGGAGGGUAUAGAGUCUGAAAUUCCUGAAGUGGUUAAUUGCUCAGCCAGAACAGGCCUGGACAUGUUAACAAAGCACUAUGCAGAUGCUAUUGAUUACCGUGCUGUCUACUUUCUCCCUGAUAGUGAAGACGAUUUUGCUUCAUACACUGAAUUCUUACAGUAUUUAGGGGUAAAAGAGCGGGCUGGGGUUGCCAAAUUUGAUGAUGGAACCAUGUUAUUUUUGGUUCCUCCAUCAGAUUUCCUUUCUAAGGUGCUAAAAAUUGUGGGUCCCCAACGCCUUUAUGGUGUAGUUCUGAAGUUCCCACAGCAUGAACCUAGUAGCACACCUGUUCAGCCACAGUCCCUGAAAUCUUAUUACAUAGAUAGACAGCAGAUGUCUUCUCAAAAUGAGUACACUGGCAUUCCUCAAAGGGAGGAGAAAGUUUUACAGAUGGAUUACGGUAGGGUUUUGAGGGAAGAUGCAUUGCCUCACACUAUGCAGCUUGCUCCUUCAACUACUGAUUCCAUUAUCAUGCAGCCACCCCCUUUGGUAAAAGCUCCAGCAGUGCCUCAAGCUGGAGUUGCAUUGACCCCUGAGCUGAUUGCAACUCUGGCUUCAUUAGCCAAUGCAAAAUCUUCUGGUUCAGACUCUGCCCAACCACCAAUGGGCUCAUCCUCCAUGCAGACCACAUUGCCUAGUAUUGAACCCAAUAGAGUAAGCCUCCCACAGGUUUGGGUACAUGAUCGUCAAGGCGCUGAACAGAUUGGCCAUUCAAUGCAUCAAGUGGAGAAUCAAUAUGAUCCACAAAGACAACAACUUGCUCCACUUCCAGCUUACACUACUGGCUUAAACCCAUCAAGCAAUUCUGCUCUGGUGUUAACUGCUGACUCCCAAAUUCAAAAUCCUGUAUCUCACCUGCCACAACACAAUGCAGCUUCUUCUUGGCCAUUGAGUAACUAUGGAAUUCCUUCUGAUGGUGGACAGCUUGAAGUUCCCCCACAGGUUAAUCAGUUACAGAAUGGCUCGAGGAUGGCACAUUCUGCAGAUUCUCUUGGUUCUUACAAUCCAUCUGCCUAUCAGCUAGCUUCAAAUUCUGUUACAUUGUCCAAUCAGGUUCCUCGCAGUGAUGUUACUCAGCCCUACCCUGUCACACCGCUGGGAGCUGAUAAAGGGAAUUCUGAACUUGUGAAUCAGGUUCAGCAACUUAAGUCCACCAAUUAUGUUGCAAAUCAGGGAACAUCAGAGGUCGAAGAUAAGAAUCAACGCUACCAGUCAACACUGCAGUUUGCAGCUAACCUCCUUUUUCAGCUACAGCAACAGCAGCAGCAGCAGCAAGCAAGCACUGAAGGAGGACAAGGGUCUGCUAAUCAGCAAUGAGAUUUCUCUCAAAGUGGCAGUUAAGACCAUAUGGUAUCACAUGCGGGGCACGCUUUAAAUGCAGUGGGAACUGAACUGCAAAAUUCCGGCAAUUUCACGUAAUCUUGGGCGGCAAUCGUUUCGUUUCGUUUCGUUUCGUUUGGUUGAUUGGGGGCUUUGGCUUUUAUAUACGGUUUUCUCUCGCGUUCUCAGGAAAGUGGCAGCAACUAAGAAAUUUUCAUUGUUCUUCCUUUUCCCUUUUUUUUUUUUAUUUUUUAUAUAUAUAUCGUUUUCUCCUUCUUCUUCUGGGUUUAGGACUUGCAAAUAGUUGAAAGAUUUGGUUGACUCCUGCUUUGUUUAUGAAUUGAACAACCACCCUCUUUUGCAAAUUUCUGCUCAAGAAUUUCUAAUUAUCGGCAGUUUUCA